CGAGUUGUGCCAUUUUCCCGAGAAUAGUCCUCGAAUAUUUUCCAACAGAUUGCGUUGGUCGUACCGUUUACACGAUCGAAAUUUUGUAACAUCGGCAACGAGGCGAGAGCCGGGGAGAGAGGCUCUCUACGAAUUCAGUGAUCGCCGCAUUGAGCCCAAGUGAACGUGGAAAUUCCAUGUGACAAGCUGUCCCAUUACGCUUGACCUGUGUUGUGUAUCAGUUGCACAGUGCCAUCACGUGUUACCGGAUUAAUUGUUCAUCUUAAAGACGAUAAAAAACACGGAGAAAACGCCGAUCAUAAAUUCCCCCCGAGGACGAGUGUAGAAUCCCCCACCCCCUGUGACAUGGAAACAGGCUUUUUAAACUUCCAUGAUGAGGAACACUUUUCAGACUUCUCCUUGUCCCUGGAUCCCCACGACUCCCUGGAGGAGUCAUCCAGCUCCCUCAUGGCAAUCGUUGAUUCGGACUUCGACUAUAACGAUUGCCAGGGGCUGGAUACAUCAGGAGGUCUCUGGGGCACUGAAGAAGAGCUGAACGGUGAUAUGGCUGUCCUCCCUCACUCGGGUGUAGCCUCAGUAAUUCCAAAGAUCGAAAACAUAAAGGAGGAUUUUGCCAAAGUCCUGAUAGACUGGCACGAGCACAUUGGUUACCUGCAAGCCUCGGACCUGGAGGAGGAUAUGGACAUGAGUAUGCCUCUGGCAAUGGUCGACAAAAAUACGACAGAAUUCGACGAGAGCAUAUUUGACAGUUUGACAGCAUCACCGACGAAAACCCCGAGAAAGUUAGCGAGUAAUCCCUCAACUCCACGAAAAGUCACUUCCAAUAAGUCCCUGCCGAGUAUCGUAACCAACCCCUCCCAGCUCCCCAGCUCCCCAGGGAAGAUCUUCGAGGGAUCCCCAGAGAAGUCAUGCAUCAGCAGAAAAGAGGAGGUCCUCAAGAUCCACGAGGACAAUCACUCGGAGAGUGACGACUGCAUAGAUAUCGAGACAGUUCCAGAAGAGGUGCCUGUCCUCGAAGCCGGGGAUGUUAAGAGCCUUCUUGAGCAGUUCGAGGCAUCAGAAGCCACCUCUUUGCAUCCUCAGAUCCGCUCUGACCCUAAGAACACACCGAAGACGAUUCCUGAACCUCCAAAACCCGUCAAUGAUCAUUGUACAGUGGAUAAAUCCAAACAGACACUUUUGAAGAAGUCCCUGGACACAUCAGCUUCAAAACUCCAUAAGAAUAUCCGAGACUCUCUACCCAAGGAGGUGGUCGACAGGAUAAAGGCGUCAGGUCGUAGUAAACCGAUCUCGGUGAUUCCAGCAUUGUCAAAUCCAAAGGCCUGCAAGAGUUCAACAAGAAUGCAGGAGGCAGCAGCCACUCUGUCUCGAAAUAAACUCCUCAAGCUGGUCUCUAACGCUCCCAAGGUGGAUGGAUCAGUCCAGCUAGAUCACGACUACUGCGGCAGUAGUGGAGGCCCCGAGAAGCCCACCAAACCCAUCAGGAAGGCUCAAAACAAUCGGUUGAGUAUGCGAAAAAAUAUCAUCAAAUCAAAGAGUGGGGGAGACAAUAGCUCGAAGAAGGACAGUGGACUUGAGUCUGGAGAUGUCAGUGAUGCGUCUGAGGAGCAAACACUGGCACCAGCUGAUCGCACCAAAGACAAAUCAAUUGGUCAGAUUAAUUCCAAUCCGCAGACUGAAAUUGCCAACCCCGUCGUUAAGACAGUCCAUGCAGCUGCUGCUAUUCCCAAUAAGGCAGCUCCAGUUUAUGAGAUGAAGAUUCGUUCAGCUCUAGCCACAAGUAUCCUCCAAUUGCGUCAGGGGGUUUUGACGAAGACAAAGUCACUUCCUGGGAUAGCGAAGAAUAAACCCAUGGUGUCGGUACUGAAGAAACCACCGAUGCCCGCCGCUUUGCCAAUUGAAAAUGUCACGACUCAGGCGAUCUCCAAGGAUGAGGUACAGAAGGUAAUUGUCCAGGAGGGGAGUCAGAAUGUGCCGAUACCUGAGGAGGAGAAGAAACCUCCAAGGAGGAAACUCAAUCUGGCUGAGUACAGGAGCAGGAGAGAGCAGACGAGGAGUGACAACAGUAGGACCUGCUCACCAUUGCAGCCCAUGACUCUCGUUUACAUUCAUCAUGCCUCGACGACAACUGAGCCCAUUCAGGAUGUACCUGACAAUCCUGUCUGGUCGGAGAGGGAAAUUGUGUCUGUCCUCAAGCCCAAGACCGAAGUCGAGGAGGACAAGGUCAGGGUGAAGGCUGUUACAUGUGACAAGGGUACGCAGACUAAUGAAGACGAGGAGGGAGAGAUCAAGGAGGAGGAGGAGGAGGUGAGGGAGGUGGCGAAGGUCAACGACAGGAGAAUGAGGAAUUACAGGCAGAGGAGGGAGUCGUCGAGUCGGUCCAGGAGCAGAAGCUCGGGGAGGAGUCGGAGCAGAAGCUCCUCCAGCAGCCGGAGCUUCUCCAGGAACAGGAGUAGGAGUCCACAGAGGAGCAGGAGGAGUGGAAGACGGAGGGAGAGCAGUGACAGUCGGUCAAGAUCCAGGAGCACCAGCAGCAGUAGCCGCAGCAGGUCGAGGAGUGAUUCCAGAUCGAGGAGGUGUAGUAGCAGACGGAGGAGGAUUAGUUACAGGAGAAGCUCCGUUAGCUCUAGCAGCAGCUGGUCAUCAAGGUCUAGAAGCUCCUACAGGUCCAGGACUAGGUCGUCGAGAUCUAGAAGCAGAUCCUCGGGGUCUUCCAGGUCUUCACGAUAUUCAGGAUGCUCUAGGUCAUCAAGGUCCAAUUUGACCCGGAAAUGGUCGAAUCGUGGAGGACGCUCCCGAAGUCGGGGAAGCAGUUGUAGUAGACGAAGACGUCGUUCGAGCUGUAAUUACCGUUCUCGGUCUUACAGGAGAUCUCCCUACAGACGUGCUUAUGACAACUGGUACGGAAACGAGAAGGAGCGGCAGGUGGAGGAGCGAAGGGUGAUCUACGUUGGUCGCCUCGAGGACGGUAUCACGAAACUCGAACUCAGGAGACGCUUCGAGGCAUUCGGACCCGUCUGUGACAUUAGUUUGCACUUUCGUGAGCACGGCGAUAAUUAUGGAUUUGUAACGUUUGCAUACAAAAAUGAUGCUUACGAAGCCGUAGAGCAUGGCAACGAUGACAUAACACAGCCACGAUAUGACCUGUGCUUCGGUGGACGUCGGGCAUUCUGUAAAGUUAAAUACGCUGAUCUAGAUGGAAUGGCAAGCAAUUCAUUGACCAGCGGUCCCAGAAGCAUGAGCAACGAUGGGGACAACACAUUUGAUCUACUGCUUAAGGAGGCCAAGGCAAAGCUGAAGAAGCGAAAAGUUUGACACACGUAUACACUAAUAGUUCUGAAUACAUUUUAUUUAAUUACAUAGAAGGGGAAUGCAAAAUUUUGAUGAAGCUGAUGAUGAAUUUAGUCCACGAAUUUACUGUGAAUUACCCAAGAUUAUUUUCUUGAAUGACAAAUUUUUUUAGCUGAAGAUAUAUAAUGCAUAGGAUGGGGCUCAAUUGCUAAUUAUAAAAUUAAUAAUUGCAAACUUAUUAUUGCACUGAACUCCAGCGAUCACUGGAGAUUAUACUCAUGAAUAACAGGACUGAAAUUAGGGGAAUGUUCAUCUUUUCAUUACCAAUAAAGUGUAGAUUUAUUUGUUUGUUUCAAUAGUAUCCAUUCGGUUUUCAUAUUAAUUAAAGAUUCUCUCUUCGAUAAAUAGAUGACAUCGUAGUGUUGAGAUUUUUAUAGGCAGGGUCAUUGUUUUUAUUUUAAAUCAGAAGUUUAUUCUGGGAAUAUCUGGGGAUUUGGGUGUUUGAGAGAUUGAUAAUUGUCUGAGACGCAGGUUUGCGUCGUGAAUUAAUACUGCCACGAUGUCACCGCCAAUUCAACGAUUCAAUGCUACCGAUAAGUUUAUAACAAAUAAAUAAUCCUUCACACUAUUCAUCAACGUAAUUUUAAUUUAUAAUUUGGACAGGAGAAUUUGUCAAGAGUCAAGUUAUUUUAUAAUAAAGCUGUCAUUUACGUCUGUAUUCACUUUUUUAAUUUGCAUGAAGAUUUAUCGAUUCCGUUGGUCAUUGAUAAAAUGGUUACGAAUAUAUGAGUGUCUCAGUGUAAUUAACCAAUGGUUGACAUUAUUACAACGGAUUAAUUAGGCUGAGGGGCGACAGGGCCACGUAAACAUGUACAUGAGUGGUAAUUCUCGUUGAUUACCAGUGUCUUGUAAUUUAUGAUAAUGAAUUGUUUAUUGAUAAUCCAAUAAAUGAAGGUGAUUCGUA